AUGGCUGAGCCUGUGUUACAGGAUGGUCCCAUUGCUUCUUACAUUGAUUCGACGCUCGGUUUGAACUCAUCUUCAGCGAGUCCUAAUACAACACCUGUAACCAGAAAGAGCUGGACACAUGCUUGGCAUCGCUUUUGCAAGAGUGUGUUGCCUCAUGAAGCAUCUAUAUCAGAGGCAAUUUCUGAAGCAGAAAAAGCAGCAUAUGAGCCUGAUGAAGGUGUGGAUGAAUUUGCUGAAAAGCUUAAAUAUACGAUUGUGUCAUCCUACCUACUUGGCUCGACGUUGUCCAUUUCUAUGUACGACCAUCGACAUGAAGCUUUGGCUCAACCGAAAAGCUGGAUACCCUCUGCUGAAAAAAUAUAUUUUGCUAACAUUCCACCUGCAUGUCAUGAAGUAUCUGUCCGGAUCGUCGGAUCUUUGUCUGUCAUGCCAAUGGUUGUCAUCAUUUUGAUCUUGUGUGCCUAUUUCCACGCAAGGCUCCCACUUUCUUACUGUAUUUUGCUUUCUAUUGGACUUGACGCUUUAGUUUCUUUUUCGGGUGCGUCUGACUUACUUUCAUGGUCACCAAAAAUGAUAUCGUGCGUGGUUUCGACGCCUCCCGCUAAUCAUCUGCCAUUUCUUGCGCUAAAUGUACCGAACCCUGUUUGGGUGGUCGAUGAACGUAUUUAUCUGCAAGUAAAUAUACUACAACAAAUACAAGAAUUUGUUAAAGCUGCACAGACAAUGGAUUACAGUAUUAAUGAUGCACUAGCAGCUAUACAAGAGGUUGAACUGGUGUCUCGAGGAUACAGAUUAUCGUCUCCAUUGGCGCCUAUAUCUCGGCUGGAGGCAGCAGACGGUUUGCAAUCUCUCAAAAAUUUUGAAUACAGCCAGCGCUCCAGGUUUCCAUUGCGACUUUUAGCUCUUAGAAAGGACAUGGUCGAUGCAUUGGAGGAAGUCGCUUAUCAUUGCAAUGCUGCGUUGCGUCGAUUAGAAAAGCACAUUGAAUUUAGCGAUGUGCCUCUUUCGCGAGGACUUGCCACUGUGCGGCAAAAUCCCUUGAAGGAUGUGGCGACAGUCAUGUCUUUUCCUAUACCAAGCUCAUUGUCUUCGUCUGCCUCAGACACGCCGGCACGCCAACUGAGGCGCAAAAGCUUGCUCAAUGAAUCCAAUGGCCAGCAAUGUUCAAACACAAUUUCUUCGCCAUCGCUACUCAAAAAUGACAAGUUCAAUGGAUCGCCAGCGCCAAAAUUCAAGCAUCAAGAAUCUGAACGAUACGAUCGCUUAUCUCUUUUAUCGGUUCGCUCACACUUCGAAAGCAUGCAUUCUACGCGUCAGUCACUAUUGUACGCACUUCUGGGUUUGGACUGGGAUCGCAUUCAUAUUGACUCAACAUGCGAAACGCUCGAUACGUUCUGGCGGAGAGAAGUGCUAGAUGAGGUGCUUUCUGCAUUAACGAACCUGUUUUGGCAAAUGUCCUCAUAUAUGAAAAAACAGGUACAAAAACAUUUCCAUGUCGUGGAGCCGAAUUCUGAGGCGUCUUCCACUACACCUCCUCUUGAAAGCCAUGCUAGCUUGGGUGAUCACUUGACGGAAAUGGGACGUACACUUCGGGCAAUUCAGUGCAAACUACAUGUAUGCUGUGAAGAACUGCAUCUGCCAACACCAACAUUGCAUGGCGUUCAAAACGAGAUUCCUCCAUGCUCUCAAAAUAAAGAUAUAAUGAGGUCCAUCUUCGACAGCGUGCGUGAAGACUUGCUGUCGUUGUCAUCUGAUUGGGAAGCAGGUCAAAAUAUUUUCUAUGGAGCAGCUCCGAAAGACUUCUCACAUAAUACCAAUACAAUAUCUUCAUCUUCUGAAUCGUCUUCGUUCACUGAAGACAAGGAAGAAGGGGGCAGUAUACCAUCGUCUCCUUCGGCAAUGCAUGAAAAUGUCGAAUACCUUAGCGGUGCGCAAGGUCCUCAGAUAUUUCAUGAUCUACUUCUCGAUUCCACUUCGCCUUCACAUCUGCCUACGCCGAUGGGCCAAGAGGAAGUGUUUGAAGGCGAUACGUCGUCUGUGCCUGCUCUAUUUCCAAAGUCACAAAUGACGCGUGCCGAACGAAUUCGAUUGAAAAAUGAGAGACGUGCGAAUCUUAACGUGAAUACAGACAUUUUUCAGCCUCAGGUCAUGGUGCAUGAACUCAAAGGUGUUCUCGAGCGCCGAUCUAUCAGUAUGCCCAUUUCCACGCGUAGUGAGUCAGGUGUCAUGUAG